AUGAUGUCAGAAGAGACUGGGCAGAAAAACAACAAUAAAGCUAACUUCCCUGCUCUAGCAGAGCACACGAACGGGCUUACAAAACCAUCUGCCCUAGUCACCAAACCUGGGACAUCUAAGAAAUUAGUUAUAAAAAAUUUUAAAGAUAGACCAAGGCUCUCGGACAAUUACACUCAGGAUACAUGGAAAAAACUUCAGGAGGCAGUGGGAGCCAUACAGAAUAGCACCUCGAUUAAAUACAAUCUGGAAGAGCUGUACCAGGCAGUGGAAAACCUUUGUUCCUAUAAGGUAUCUGCUACGCUGUACAAACAGCUAAGACAAGUCUGUGAAGAUCAUGUCAAAGCGCAGAUACAUCAGUUCAGAGAAGAUUCUUUGGACAAUGUUUUAUUUCUUAAAAAGAUGAAUAAAUGUUGGCAGGAUCACUGUAGACAAAUGAUAAUGAUAAGAAGCAUUUUCUUAUUUUUGGAUCGAACAUACGUCCUGCAGAAUUCAAUGCUGCCCUCUAUUUGGGACACGGGUCUGGAGUUGUUCAGAAGCCAUAUAAUCAGUGAUAAGGUGGUCCAGAGUAAAACUGUUGACGGCAUUCUUCAGCUGAUUGAGAGAGAACGGAACGGGGAGGCUGUAGACAGAAGCUUGUUACGCAGUUUGCUAACUAUGCUUUCCGAUCUGCAGGUGUAUAAGGAUUCUUUUGAACAGAAGUUUUUGAAAGAGACUCAUCGUUUAUAUGCAGCUGAGGGUCAAAGCCUGAUGCAAGAGAGAGAGGUACCAGAAUAUCUUCACCAUGUCAACAAACGACUAGAAGAGGAGACGGAUAGAGUAAUAACAUACUUGGAUCAGAGCACACAGAAACAGCUAAUACUCACUGUGGAGAAGCAGUUACUCGGAGAACACCUAACAGCCAUCCUUCAGAAAGGGCUUCAUCACCUGCUGGAUGGAAACAGGAUAACUGAGCUCACCCUCCUGUACCAGCUCUUCAGCAGGGUCAAAGGAGGACUGCAGGUGCUUUUGCAACACUGGAGCGAAUACAUUAAGACCUUUGGAAGUGCACUAGUGAUGAUGCCUGAGAAAGAUAAAGACAUGGUUCAGGAGCUGUUAGACUUCAAGGAUAAAACAGACCAGAUCACUGAGGCCUGCUUCCAGAAAAAUGAAAAGUUUAUCAAUUCUAUGAAGGAAUCCUUUGAGACGUAUAUAAACAAGAGGCCCAACAAGCCUGCAGAACUAAUAGCAAAGUAUGUUGAUUCCAAAUUACGUGCUGGAAAUAAAGAAGCAACAGAUGAAGAGCUGGAGAGAAUACUGGAUAAGAUAAUGAUCAUCUUCAGGUUUAUCCACGGUAAAGAUGUGUUUGAGGCAUUUUACAAGAAAGAUCUUGCCAAGAGGCUACUGGUUGGGAAGAGUGCUUCAGUAGAUGCUGAGAAGUCAAUGCUGUCCAAACUGAAACAUGAAUGCGGAGCAGCAUUUACCAGCAAACUAGAGGGGAUGUUUAAAGACAUGGAGCUAUCGAAAGAUGUCAUGAUUCAAUUCAAACAGUUCAUGCAGAAUCAAAGUGACCCGGGCAACAUAGAACUCACAGUUAAUAUCCUCACGAUGGGGUACUGGCCUACGUAUAUACCCAUGGAGGUGCACCUUCCUCCUGAGAUGGUGAAACUUCAAGAAGUAUUCAAGAUGUUUUACCUUGGCAAGCACAGUGGCAGAAAGCUGCAGUGGCAGCCCACACUUGGACAUGCUGUUCUCAAGUCAGAGUUUAAGGAGGGUAAGAAGGAGCUUCAGGUGUCCCUCUUCCAGACCCUUGUCCUUCUCAUGUUCAACGAAGGAGAGGAGUUCACCUUUGAUGAGAUUAAAACAGCUACUGGAAUAGAGGAUGGUGAGCUGAGAAGAACUCUACAAUCUCUUGCCUGUGGAAAAGCUCGAGUUCUCAUUAAAAACCCCAAAGGAAAAGAUGUGGAAGAUGGGGAUAAAUUCUUAUUUCAUGCUGACUUCAGGCACAAGUUAUUCAGGAUAAAGAUAAACCAGAUACAAAUGAAAGAAACGAUUGAGGAGCAAGUGAGCACAACGGAGAGGGUGUUUCAAGACAGACAGUACCAGAUAGACGCUGCCAUUGUCCGCAUCAUGAAGAUGAGGAAAACUCUGAGCCACAACCUUCUUGUGUCUGAGCUCUACAAUCAACUCAAAUUCCCAGUCAAGCCUGGAGACUUGAAGAAGAGAAUUGAAUCCCUCAUUGACAGAGACUACAUGGAGAGAGACAAGGACACUCCCAACCAGUACCAUUAUGUGGCAUAAAUCUCCCUCCGGCAGCACUUCUCACCUCUCCUGCAGAGCAUUGGCAAAACAAAAAGGACUGAGCUGCUUCAGCUUUGCUGCCAGCACAUGUCAAAGCUCGGGAUAACCCAACAGUGGCAUGAACUGCGGGGAAGACAAAAAAUGGUUUAGCUCACCAUCACUGUUUGAGUUUUGAUAUAAUUUC